AUGAGGAAUUCGUUAUUGCAUAUCUUACGUGAUUGCCCUUCAAUGAGCAAUCUUUGGAUAGUUCUUCCCGAUUGCAUUCCUAACAAUUUUUUUCAGUCUUCCUCUCCGGACCCGGAUUUUGCAAGGGAUUUCCUCCAAUCGACUGUGCUCUCUAUCUCAAGGCUCUUGGUGUCAAUUGUUUACUUCGAUCAUUUGGCAGAGUUGGAAAAGAAGAAACGCCUUCGUGUUCUCCAAUGUCAAGAUGGAUGUUCACCCCCUGCAAAGUUUGGUUCCAUGGGAAGUUGUAUACGCGAUCAUAAAGGUCAAUACAUUCUAUCUUUCACAAAGAAGCUGGGUAUUGUAAUUGUACUCAAUGAUGAGUUAUGGAGUAUUUCAGAAGGUUUACACCUUGCUUGGGAUCGAGGCUACCGCAGAGUCAUUAUUCAAAGCGACAAUGCCGAAUGUAUAACUAUAAAGCUCCUCUCCCCACCUUCAGCCAACAACCCUUUCAGCACUGUUAAACCCAUCGCUUCGCUUUACGCCCAAGAUUGA